AUGGGAUUCCGAGAAAAAUAUCUGGGCUACAGUACUCCCACUGUAGCCCUGGACUAUGUACAGGGCUACAGUACUCCCACUGUAGCCCUGGACUAUGUUCAGGGCUACAGUACUCCCACUGUAGCCCUGGACUAUGUUCAGGGCUACAGUACUCCCACUGUAGCCCUGGACUAUGUUCAGGGCUACAGUACUCCCACUGUAGCCCUGGACUAUGUUCAGGGCUACAGUACUCCCACUGUAGCCCUGGACUAUGUUCAGGGCUACAGUACUCCCACUGUAGCCCUGGACUAUGUUCAGGGCUACAGUACUCCCACUGUAGCCCUGGACUAUGUUCAGGGCUACAGUACUCCCACUGUAGCCCUGGACUAUGUUCAGGGCUACAGUACUCCCACUGUAGCCCUGGACUAUGUUCAGGGCUACAGUACUCCCACUGUAGCCCUGGACUAUCUGAAGCACCUCAUCAACUUCAUGAACACUAAACUCAUCAUCAUCAUCAUCAUCAGAGCAGCUGCGGCAACAUCAGGAUCUGCGAGUUGGUACAAGAAUGUACCCAUCUACUGA